AUGUCCAACCAGUUCGACUUCAUCGUAGUCGGAGCCGGAGCCGCGGGCUGCCUCCUGGCCUCCAGGCUCUCGCGCACGUCCACCGCCCCAUCGGUCCUCCUGAUAGAAGCUGGAAAUGUCCUCGACGACCCCAACCUCCGCGCCGCCGGGCGCAAGUUUGUCAAUCUCGCCGAUCCAAGCAUGGGAUGGGCCGACUAUUCGCACGUCCAGAAGAAUGUCAGCGGUAAAAGCAUCAUCUAUCCACGAGGAAAAGGCCUCGGUGGUUCAACCAUGACGAACGCCAUGGUGUACUAUGUCGGCUCGUCCGAGGAGUACGAUUAUUGGGCAGACGUGACGGGGUGCCCAAAGUGGAGAUGGCCAGAGACAAAAGAAAGAUUUAAACGGAUCGAGGGAUUCCAAGACGAUACCCCGAUCGAGUAUAGAAAAUACGCUCAUCCAUCACCGGAAAACCAUGGCAGUACUGGCCCAGUUGAUGUCAGUCUUCCAUCAGUAUGGGAAUCCGGUGUAUCAAAGGUUUUUGAGAUUGCCCAAGCGCAUGGAUUUCCAAUCAACCUAGAUCAGAAUAGUGGGAAUCCAAUAGGGAUAGGUCUGUCACCUAGCACUGUAUCCCACGGACUUCGCACAACCGCAGCCUCGGCCUUUCUGGAGAAUCGACCACCUAACCUGACGGUGUGGACUGAAGCUAUUGUCACUCGAAUCCUGUUCAGCGGCAGGACUGCGGUUGGAGUCGAGUUGGCCAAUGGGCGCAAAGCUCACGGGACAAAAGCCACAAUCCUAUGCGCCGGUGCCCUCGACACGCCCAAACUCCUCCUUCUUUCGGGGAUAGGUCCCAAGGACGACUUGGUUCCACUCGGUAUAAAAGUGGUGCACGACCUGCCAGGCGUCGGCAAGAACCUCCAGGACCACCUCCAGUCGCUUAUUGAGACGCGCCUGUCGAAGAAGUUGUUGGACAGAGACGUAGUCCGCGACGGCGAGCCGGACACGGCCGGACAAACCUGGCCGUGUCUGCCCUUUUGUUUCCUCAAGGUGGAAGAGAAUCUCGAGACGGAGGAGUUCAAACAGCUGGAUCCGUCGAUGCAGGAAUAUCUCAAGGGGAAAACAGUUCCUCAAUUGUCACUUGGCACAGCAGCCCCCCUCUUCGCCCGCGGAGGUCGAACCUUCCCCGACGUGUCCUACUACCACGUCUACGUCAACUGCCUGAUGAACCCGCAGUCUCGCGGGGAGGUUCGACUCCGAUCCGCCAACCCCCAAGAUCCGCCGUGCUUUGACUUCAACGCCCUCUCGCACCCGUACGAUCUGAGGGCGUACAUCAACAACACGUGCAAAGUCAUGGAGUUCAUCGAGGGCGAGGCCAACUCGAGUUACUUUGCCGGCUACAUCAAUGGGCCGGCGAGCAGAUCGGACGAGGACAUUGAAAAAUGGCUCAAGGCCGUCUCGGGUCCACAAUUCCACGCCACGGGCUCCGUCAUGAUGGGCAGACCAGAAAACAAGCUCGCGUGCGUCGACGCGGACUUUCGAGUCUUGGGACUCGAGAACCUCUACGUCGCCGAUCUCAGUGUCUGUCCGACCACUCCGUGCUGCAUGACUCAAAGCACGGCAUACAUGAUUGCGGAGACCGCUGCGGAGACCUUGAUCGAGAAGUACAGUCUGGAAGGCUGA